AUGUCUAACGAAAACACUUUCCGGCCUGUUUAUCUCAAGGACAGGAAUUUCACUGAAUCUAGAUACGAACGGCAGUUAAAACAAGGUGUGCUAACCGAUUCGGUGGUCCGUUCGAAUUACAACGCACUGAGCUUAAAAGAAAACAAGGGGAGUAUUGCACUUGAAAUACAAGACGAUCUCGGUAUGCCAGUAAACUACGUGAGAAUCAAAGCUUUGGAAGACAGUAUAAGGAAGGACAUAAUUAGUGAUAAAAAUUCAUUGCACAGAGCCAUCACACCCUUACUUAUUUUAAUGCAAAUAUGCGCUCUUUUACCGGUGCAAGGCAUUAGAGGACAAAACACUAGUUAUUUAGUUUUCAAUUGGUUCAGCUGGAUAAUGGCAUACAGCAUUAUUUUAGUUUCCUCUUCUCUCUUGAUGAUUUCGUUGAUAAUAUUCAACUUGUAUAGGAAUGGACUAACAUAUGAAAUCACCGGUGAUUUAGUAUUUUUUGGAGGUACACUAAUCAAUUACAUAGUUUUUAUCCAUUUGGCAAGGGAAUGGCCAAAAGUUAUGGAAAAAUGGGAACUAAUGGAACGUGAGAUGAAACAGUACGGAUACCCACCUAACAUGGCAUUUAAGAUUAAAAUGUUAAUAUGUAUCAUCAUGUUACUUUCAAUAAUUGAACACUUGGCUUCUAUUUUAACGGGAGUAUUAAAAGCUAUAUAUUGCUCACCAGAUGGACUAGGCAUUUUUCGACUUUACAUUUUGACAUCACUCAAAACAGUUUUUACGUUUAUAGACUACUCGUUCGUAGUAGCUAUAAUUUUAGGUUUUUUUGAUUGUUUGUCUUCUUUUGCUUGGAACUUUAUGGAUUUAUUUAUAAUCAUACUAGCCUGCUCUUUGACGGACAAAUUCAAUCAGCUCAACCAAAAAUUAGACAGCGUCAGGGGAAAAGUGCUUCCAAGUAUGUAUUGGAGGAAAUCUAGAGAAACAUAUAAUGUUUUAGCGUCGUUAACACACGAUUUUGAUGAAUUUCUAUCUCCAGUGAUAUUAUUAUCAUUUGGUCAUAAUUUGUACUUUAUUUGCUUACAACUUCUCAACAGCUUGAAACCUAUGCACAGCUCUUGGGAGGCUCUAUGUUUCGCAUUUUUAUUUACAUACCUAGUUGGAAGAACAUGCUUGGUGUCUUUGUACGUCGCAUCCAUUAAUGAUCAAAGCAAAAAACCAAAAACUGUCUUAUUCUCUGUGCCAGCAGAGUGUUAUGGAGUGGAGGUAGAAAGAUUUUUAAUGCAAGUGGCGGCUGAUGAAUUAUCAUUUACUGGAUGUAAUUUUUUCUCCGUCACUAGAACGUUUAUGCUUACGGUUGCUGGAACUAUAGUCACGUACGAGAUCGUAUUAAUACAAUUUAACAAUGUGGCUAGCGAAGUACCUGAUCAAAAUAAUACUCUUGCUCAUUAUUGUUAA